CGUACAUUGGACACGUUCCGAUUAUUGGGCGCCAUGCGCAGAUCACGCGCCCAUGCGGCAGCCCACUUGAGAGGCACCGCAUUUCACGUGCAGAGCAAUUGCAGAGUGCCAGUGCCAGUCGCCAGUGCCAGAAUCUUCUACAAAGGGCUGUCCCAGGACCACCAUGGCGGGCUGGGCAGCGCUAAUCCUCGUCGCGCUUCCACUGGCCCACGCGGCAGGCCCAGUCGGUCUGGCCCUCGACACUACCUGCACAAAUGCGGAAUGCUACAAGCAGCGUAAUAUGACCCUGCUCAAACAAGCGCUGCUCGCUAAUUACGACAUGACGAUACAACCACCCCACUUUGGUUCGGAGCGCGGCGCACUCGUCUCGGUUCAGUUGGCGCUGCAGCAAUUCCAAGAGCUCGAUACCACGAAUCAAGAGAUAAGAUUCUUCUCGUGGUGGCGGCACUCGUGGACGGAUCCUCGAUUAGCGUGGAAUCCGGAUCAUUGGGGCGGUAUCACCGAGUUAACGUUUUUUGGCCACGACGAGCACAAACAGAUCUGGAUCCCGGACACAAUCGUGUACGAGGCGGUAGAAAGCGUGUUUCAGGUACCAGGCGGCGUGCAGCCUAACGUGUACUCGAGCGGCGGCGUGUGGCAAUCCGUUCCUGUCGAGACGAGAUUACCCUGCCCUAUGAAGCCGCGCACGUUUCCCUUCGACGAGCAGACAUGUGAAUUCGAAUUUGGUUGCUGGUCAACUCAUGGCUUCCAGGUCGACAUCAAGCCUAGAGGGGGAGACGAACCCGCGCCUUUUACCCUCGCUGCCUCGUACCGACCGAACCCCGAGUUCGAUUUAGUGGAGGUACGAACUGCAGCUAUUGAUUUCAUUUACGGGUGCUGUCCGGAACCCUACCCGAUAGUAAAGUACAAGUUUCGAAUGCGGCGUCACAGCGAGACGUAUAACUACGGCCUCGUCGUGCCCAUGAUCCUCACGACGCUCGCAGGGUUCCUGGCGUUCGUGGCAAACCCACAAUCAGGGGAACGCAUCUCGCUCGGGAUCACGUGUCUGCUCACAAGCGCAGCGCUCUACAUUGUGGCGUUUGAGGUGCUGCCGAAGACAGGUAAUAUGACGAUUAUUAGUUUGCUAUAUGUUCUUUCUUUCGCGUUUUCGUGGACGACACUCGCCGUGUCCGUGCUAUCCGUAUCGCUCUAUGGCGUGAAAUCUUCGACUGGCGUGAUGUCGGAAUACGAGCUGGUCAGCGCGUUCGUGAAGGCCGACACCGAUGAAAGCGGCGAUCUCGACAAAAAAGAGGUGGAGAAUGCGGUCAAGAAGUUAGGACUGCCACCAGCUAAGCUACAGAAACUACGAAAGAAGCUGGACUCGCUCCACGGACAGCGAUUAACGCUUCCGGUCUGGUACGAUCUUGUGGGCGACAUCUACGAGACGGACGGCCUAGCGGCCUAUCACUCGUAUAUCGUCGGGAUCAUCCUCAUCCCCUUUGUGAAGCUCGAACGGCGCAAACGCAAGGCAUUUGUGCUAAGAAGGGUCCAGGCGGCCAACGACCAGAAGGACCUCAGCGAAAGCACCAUGUCGGAAGCAAACUCGUCGAACAGUCCGGGCCUGAGGCGCCGCCAACCGUCGACGAAAGCCGUCGCUCCCGAACCCGGCACAAAAGCUGGCGGCAGCGACGAAGAGGCCCCGGGCGAAGGCCUCGGCGGCGCGCGCCUCGAAGAUCUCGUCACGGACCACGAGCUGAGCGACUCGUCGGAAAUCGUCGCAAGGCGCGUCGCGGGAUAUCUCGACCUCGCCGCGAUGGUCGCCCUGCCGCUGUGCUACAUGAUCGUGGUCAUCGUCGUGCCCCGUGUCAUUUCUCGGCGCAACUUCUCUCCUUCAACCCGAUUCCCCCGCAGGUCUAUUUCGACCGCUUCGGCGCGAUGACGGAGGAAGAGGAGUUCAAGGGGACGAAGAUCAACCACGUGGCACCGGCGAACUUCUGACACUUCCGACACUUCCUUCGAUACACCCCCCUG